ACAGUCUCCACAGAACACCGCUAGAAAGCAAAAUAUGGCCGAAGGUGAGAGUGGAUUGGCAAAGACGGCGGCAGCCACUCCAUACGAGGAAGCAUUGGAUGCUCUCUCCUCCCUCAUCACGAAACGCAGCCGCGCGGAUAAGAGCAACAAUGGAGAUCGGUUUGACUUGCUUUACGAUUAUUUGAAGAUUCUGGAUUUGGAUGAGGCAAUUUCUCAGAUGAAGAUCAUCCAUGUUGCCGGAACCAAAGGAAAGGGAUCGACAUGCACAUUUACAGAAGCUAUAUUACGUAAUUGUGGCUUCCACACUGGACUUUUCACGUCUCCUCACCUUAUUGAUGUCCGCGAAAGGUUUCGUUUAGAUGGCGUGGACAUAUCUGAGGAGAAAUUCCUGGCAUAUUUCUGGUGGUGUUAUGACAGGCUAAAGGAAAAAACCAGUGAUGAUAUACCAAUGCCUACAUACUUUCGCUUUCUUGCCUUGCUUGCCUUUAAAAUAUUUGCAGGAGAGCAGGUCGAUGUUGCUAUUUUGGAGGUUGGUUUAGGUGGGAGGUUUGAUGCCACAAAUGUAGUUCAGACACCUGUAGUUUGUGGUAUAUCUUCCCUUGGGUUUGAUCACAUGGAGAUUCUCGGAAACACUCUAGGAGAAAUUGCAGGAGAGAAGGCUGGUAUUUUUAAGCAAGGGGUUCCAGCCUUUACCGUGUCUCAACCAGAUGAAGCAAUGCGUGUUCUUGAAGAGAAAGCCUUUAGGUUUGAUGUACAUCUUCAAGUUGCACAACCUUUAGAUAAAAGCUUGCUUAAUGGUCUGAAACUUGAACUUGAGGGUGAGCAUCAAUAUAUUAAUGCUGGUCUUGCCAUUGCAUUAUCUUCCACAUGGCUUCAGAAGACUGGUCACCUUGGCGCUGCAUACUUCAAUCAGACAAGUUCACUGCCUGAGCAAUUUAUCAAAGGCUUAACAACAGCCAGUUUGCAAGGACGCGCUCAGAUUGUCCCUGAUGGACUUGCUAAUACAGAAAGUCCUGGAGAUCUGGUGUUUUAUCUUGAUGGAGCCCAUAGUCCUGAAAGCAUGGAAGCAUGUGCAAGAUGGUUUUCUCUUGCUAUUAAAGAAGAAAAUCAGCAAAAUAUGCAGAAUGGUCAGGCACAUGACUGUUCUGGAUCCUCCAAUGAGUUGACUCAGUGGUACACUGAUGAAAGAUCCAGGAAAAGUACCGUCCAGAUGCUGCUCUUCAAUUGUAUGCCAGUGCGAGAUCCACAGUUGCUUCUUCCACGCCUGAUGACAGAAUGCACUGAUCAUGGAGUCUAUUUCAAAAAGGCACUCUUUGUUCCAAACAUAUCAGUGUAUUACAAGGUUGGAUCACAUACUUUACCACCAUCUGAUUCCCAAGUUGAUUUGUCAUGGCAAUUUACUCUUCAAAGAGUAUGGGAGAACCUGAUGCAAGGUGAUAAAGGAGUUGAGAUCAAGAAUGCAGACAAGGUUGAAGAAGUUAAAGAAAUUUGUGCUAGGAGUUGUGAAAACAGUGCUGUUUUUUCUUCCCUCCCAUCAGCUAUCAAAUGGCUCAGGGACAGUGUCCAGAAGAACGGAUCUACUCGCUUUCAGGUCCUUGUAACUGGUUCAUUACACCUAGUUGGUGAUGUCUUGAGAUUGGUAAAGAAAGUGAAGUUUCAGUGAAGCUGAGAAACCUCUUGCAGCACUGUCUUGGAACAGUUUCAGUCGUGAAAACAAGAAGCCGGGCGAAUCCUCUCUUGAUUUGAAGUGCCUGCUAAUGCACUUCACCAUUUACACACAGCAAUGCUUAAGACAUCCAGUUUAUGAAAUUUCAGACUCUCUGCAGUUGAUUUUCACUCGUUUUUAUUUUAGAUACAUUAACAUCAAACAUGAAAAAACAUUUGUAAUUCAU